AGUUUCGAAGUUGUUGUGGGAUGUGUAAGUAGCGACUCUUCUCAACUCUUUUAACUUUUCGGCAGUUUAAAGAAAGGUGCUACAACCGCAACAUGCUCUUCUGUCGCCGAAUCGCAGCUGACCCGUUCGAUUAAAUGCCUGAACGAAUUAUUCAUCUUCAAUUUGGCUGUAUCUUUUAGUUUCUUUGACAGUAAUCUUCUGGGUUCAAGGCGAGUGGGAGAAUUCAUGGCGAUUGGGUCUUGUAUUGCUGCACUGAAGUUCCAGGCUUGUGGGAUCUUUGGAACUAGCCUUAAUAACCUCAAUAUCCUUCCCCUGCACUCUGCAAAUUUGGUUAUGAAGCCAUCGGUGAUUGAAGCAAGAGCUAAUACACGGACUGACGGUGCUAAACUUCAGAAUAGAAGAUUAAGAAAGAAGUUUAAUGGGACAGCGACAAAACCAAGGCUUUCGGUGUUCUGUUCGGAUAAGCAGUUGUAUGCUAUGUUGGUUGAUGAUCAGAACAAGAAGUGUUUGUUCUAUGGAAGCACUCUGCAGAAAUCGAUACGAAAGGAUCAAUCUUGCACGACCGUUGAGGCAGCUGAACGUGUUGGGGAAGAGCUUAUCAAGGCAUGCAUGGAUCUCAACAUAAACGAAAUCACCUUGUAUGACCGCAAUGGCUUGGCUCGAGGAGAACGAAUGCAGGCCUUCGAAAUUGCUGUUGCUCGCCAUGGCUUCUUGCCGCGAUAGAUCUGCUUUGGGUUGUUUGCUAGCCUUUUGAUAUGGGAAAAAUGUAAUUUACCUACAUGUAAUAUGAGAAAUGAGUAAAAAAACCCAUAUGAAAAAUAAAAUAGAAAAUUACCCCAUGUGUUUUGAAAAAUAAAACAAAUUAUCCCCUAUCUAAAUCAUUAAUAGGGGUAGUUUGUUUCAUUUUUUGAAACACAAAGGAUAAUUUGCUAAUUCUUUUUUCACAAGGGGUAUUUGCUCAUUUCACAUAUCGCAAGGGGCUAAGGGUAAAUUGCAUUUAACCCCCUUUUGAUAUUUGAUAGUCUAGCAGAAACAAUUGUAUUUUGGAAUCUCAUAAUAUGCAUAAGACCACAUUUUUCCA